CUCUCAUCAUCGCACCGCCUUAAUCCGACGGUCCUCUUUUCAUUCCGAUCGUCAUCGAUUCCUCCCCCUCCAAUCUAAUAUUGCAAUUUCAUUUCCCGUGUCAUCUUCCGCCAUUUCCCAAUCGGAAUUCAAACCCUAGCUGUUUACGAAUUAAAUCAAAGAAAAACAAAAUCCGAGAUCAGGGUAUUGGAAUUGGCGGCGAUUCUUGAUCUGGGUUCGAUGGCGGAUUGCGAAAACAGGCUCGAUUUGUCGACAACUUCCAAGACCAAGACCUCUCCGAAGCGGUCCUUGUUCUUGAAUCGCUCCAUGACCAUGUACUCCCCGGCGGCGGCGGACCCCAAGAAGGCCCACCACGCUCUCGAACACGCCGGCUCCUUCAAGAAACUCUCCAGCUCCAUGGAGACGAUGCGUUCUGCCAGCAGCUCUUUCAAGGGGAAGGUGAAGAAGCUCUGCAGCUUUUUCGAAACCGACAGGCCCCCCCCUCGAAAUGUUGAUGAGUCUCAAUCGUUAGGGAAGCAGCUCAGGGCGUCGAAAUCGAUGGUGCAUUCCAAGUCUGUGGGGCCGGAUUUUCGGGUGUUGUCGAUCAGGCUGCCGGGGACGGAUGACAGGAUUGUAAUGUACCUCACCAGCUUGCGCGGGGUUCGCAGGACUUAUGAGGAUUGUUAUGCUGUGAAGAAUAUAUUUAGAGGGUUUGGGGUUUGGGUUGACGAGAGGGAUAUUUCGAUGGAUUCAGCGUAUAGGAAGGAGUUGCAGAGCGUUUUGGGUGCCAAGACUGUGAGUUUGCCGCAGGUUUUUAUAAAGGGGAAAUAUGUGGGAGGUGCCGAGGUGAUCAGGCAGCUGUUUGAGACCGGAGAAUUGGCAAGGAUAUUGCAAGGGCUUCCCAUAAGGAAACCCGGGUCUGUCUGUGGGGGUUGUGGGGAUGCCAGGUUUGUGCCGUGUUUGAGUUGCAGUGGGAGCAGGAAGGUGUUUGAUGAGGAUGAUGACACGCUCAAGAGGUGCACCGAGUGCAAUGAAAAUGGUUUGAUUCGGUGUCCUAAUUGCUGUUCUUAGGGUUUCAAAUGCUGCAUUACCCCCUGCAUAUUUUAGAGGCUGUUAUGCUGUUGUUGAUAAAUAAGCAAUUCAACAAGGUCAAGAAUAGUUGAAGGGGAUCCAAAUUUCUCUUUGGUUUGUGGAUCUUUUUCUGUUUUGGUUUCUUGAUUGUUCAUCUGUUGGGAAACUGAUGUUCAUUCACUCCUUGGACUGCAUUUUGAAUAAUAAUUUAUGUUAUUCAAAAUCUCAAUAUUGGCAUCGGUAUGUCUGAUUGUAUUGCACAGUUGGUGCCGUCCCUCAUCUUAAUGUAAAUAUUUAGUACUGUAUUAUCAUUUGCAAAGGGUUGCAAGCUAAUGAAAUGUACUGAGAUUGCAUAUAAUUGUCCUCAUUUUCUC